AUGUCAUCCGUCAAAGCCACAAAGAAGAGCGCCUUCUCAAACCCGACUCUGUCUUAUACACAGCGACUUGAGGAACGCAUCAAAGAACUCGAGGAACAACUUGCUGCCAUUAAAUCCCCACCUUCAAUUGCCGCUUCAAAUCAUUCUAGUCCGGGCGUCUGGAACGGCCACGACUUGAAUCGCCAUCCAGAUGAACAUGCCAUGACGAGGAGCUUCAUGGGUCUCAAGAUCGACGACAAGGGUGGAAUUACCUAUCAUGGACCUACUAGUCUUUUCAACCUCCCCAGUGAUCCUCACAAACACAAGCCGGAUUCAAUAUCCUCCAUUGACUCAGAUGCUCAUAGGAGAGAACGCCUAGUCAACAAUGCAUGGCAUCAGCGUGCAAUGGAAAACUUGUCCGAUAUUCCAAUCCUCCUAACAUUAACAGGUGAUAUGCAAUCAAUGGGACCUUACUAUUCUCACACACUUCUUAAUGCCAUGCUUUCACAUUCUAUUCGCUGGGGUAAAAGCGAUCCCUCGACAAAACAGCUGCUUGACCAAUCCUAUGAUGGCGGUGCUGUGUUCGCAAAACAUGCUAGAAGCAUGCUUUUCGACGAACUGAACAGAGGCGUUUGUACCAUUCCAACAGUCCAGACGUUGCUACUUCUUAGUGCAGGAGAGUGUGGCCAUGGAAACACAACGCAAGCCUGGAUUUACAGUGGCAUAGCUUUCCGCCUCAUUGAUCAUUUAGGCAUAUGCGUCGACGGACAGAGAUACCCCGGAUCCGUUCACUUGACCGACGAAGAGGUUGAGAUCAGGCAUAGAUUGUACUGGAGCUGUUAUUUCUGGGACAAAAUCAUAAGCCUCUACCUGGGCCGCUCUCCUUCACUGCAACACACGCUUGUAUCACCGCCGCAAAUCAUUAUGGACGACUCUGCCGAAAAUGAACUUUGGGUUCCAUUCGAUUCUCCCAAUGGUUCAGACUGGAAGUAUCCUCCUGCGACAGCUCAUUCUACCUCGUGCUUUAUGAGUGCAUGCCGAUUGUCUGUCAUUUUCAACGAAAUUCUCAUUCACAUGUACGACCCAUUGUUGGAGAACACAGAGGCAGAGAUGCAAGAGUGUCUGCAAACGCAGGACCCUGCCAUGAAGCUAUGGUGGGACCAACUUCCGCCUUACCUCAAGAUCGAGCUCUCUGCCAUGCCAGAAUUAGCGCCACCCUCUCAUAUUGUUACUAUGAAACCUAUGCUCUCUUGGCAAGUGUAUCCAGAGGACGAAGGCCCGCAUCCCAUGCAAAAUCACCUCGUGGAGUGUGUCAAGUCUGCAACAGCUAUCAUCGCCAUCUUUGAUCUCUUCUGCAGGACCUUUACUAUUAGCCACUGUGUUCUGUCCCUCUCUUACAGUGUGUAUAUAGCGGCAACCAUCUUUCUUUUGCAAGUUCAGGCUACCCCGGAAAACCAGCAGGCGGUUCGCAAACUGAACUUUUGCGUCCGUGCCUUGCAACAAGCCAAGACCGUCAACCCGGUAAUUUCAAGUGCUCUAGAUCUAAUCACUAGAGAAAUGACCAACCUUGGUCUCAACCCAGGCUUCAACACACCGCUUCAACAACCCAUACCGCAGCAAAUGCCAGAAGUUCCAAUUCUGACUGACAUACCGGUCACCGAGACUGUUUACCCAUCUUCUUUUGAGAUACCCGCACAGCAAUCGCCCUAUGAGCCGGAACAGUUGUUCCAAACUCCUUGGGCUGACAAUAUGAACCCGGAUGCGAUGGCUGUUGACCGUGGGGUUUUCGAAGCACUGUCCACAUUUGAGCCACUCAGUCAUUCCAAGUCCAAUAUUCAAGUCGGUCAACUUGAUUGCGCCGAACACAUCGGACCCCAAACAGAGAAUGGUUGUCAGGCACAACAAUCCGCCCUAACACCACUCGAUGGCCACAAGCUCGAGAUGACCGAGCUAGGGCACAUCAAAAGCUUCGACGAGUCCCUGACAAUAGCUCUGACAAGACAUGAUGCCAACAGACCUCAAGAUCAGUACGGGUCAUAG